AUGUCCCGUCCCUCUCGUUCUGGCCUUCCCUCUGGCCCCGGGCCACGCUCUCGUUCAGCAGUCAGAAACAGAUAUGAUGAUGAUGGCGACCGUAGCCAAGCGCCCUCCCAGUCGCGUCGCCAAGUUCGCCCGCAAAAGUCCCUGAAUUCUAUGCGAUCCGAAUCCCAACCGCCGCCACCCAUGCCCUCCCGCUCUCGCCCUUCUUUUGAUACUCGGCCAUCAGACUCGAACAGAAGUAGCGACUCAACUGCGUCGUCCAACUCUUCUUUUCUGGACCGAAUGCGAGGCUAUGCUUCAUCCCGGACAAGUCUCGAUGACGAGCCACCCCCAAAGCCAUCUGCUCGGUCCAUGCGGAGCCGGCCAUCAAGGGCAGAGACACCUCCACCAGUAGAAGAUGAUGAUGAUAACGAGCCACCUCCACAGGGAGAUGGCUUCACAUUGUGGAGCAAAGUUGCUUCAGCAGCAAGCUCGCUGACAGUCAAUGUGGGCAAAGCUUGGACAUCCAACGUUACCACAUUCUCCGGCGAAGAAACCCCGCCUGGACAAGAGUCACGUCUGACAAGGGCCAUGAAGGCGUACCAUAUUGAGAAAGCUCGGGAUCCGUCUGAUUUACCGGGGUGGCUGUUCGACGAAAAGGAACGGAGAAGACCAGCCCCGGCGUCGAGUCGCUCUUCUUCAAGACAUGACGAAGUUGGAGAAGACGAUAGACGACCCACUCGCGCCGAACCCCUUUCGUCACGUGGUCUUCGCGAUAUAGCAGCUGCCUCUUCGAAAACAUAUGACCGAUCAACUCGCGCUGGGCGUAGCUAUGCCGAUGACACUCCACAACCCUCUCGAGCUACAGAUCGUCUCAAGGCACUUCGAGACGCCAAACGCAGUGCUGUGAACCCUAAUGUUAUGCAGGAGGAGGAAAGGGCCAAGGAAACGCCCAGAGUAGAGCCAGAAGUCCCUCGAAGGAGGGUUGGUUUACCUUCGGGCCCAAUAUCGCGUCGUUGA